GAUGAUAACCUGGUAAAGUGUAUUUUAUAAAAGUUACGAUGUUCUCUUACUGUUGCAUGUUCGAUACGACACAUUUAUUAACAAUUCCUCUGCAAUUUGUAGCAAAUUAUUUUAUCACCAUCAACGACUGAUAUUUUUCUCGGCAUGACUUCUAGUACUGAGAACGCAAGCUUGACUGAAGCUGCUAGUAUCGAAACGCAGCAGCCAUGGCUUACUUUCCUCACUGAACUUGCUUCGAAGCCAAACCGGGAAAAAAUGGUAUCAGAUGUUGUGAACAUGUUAAAAAACUUUCUCCUCUCUGACAGUGAGAAUGCUGCUUCAGAAACUGCCAAGCAAAUAGACAAUUACACGCUCUUUGGCACCCUUACAAGAAGACAUCUUAACUUUGUAUUUCAAACGAUAUACAACCUAGCGGCACUGAUACCAUUCGAAGAUCAAAAGCAGGAGAUGUUGUUGCAGCUCAUCGUUGAGCUUUUGAAAAUGCCGAGGAGAUCGAUCACGCAUCCGGAUGGUAAGGUAAGUUCUCUCCAUGAACAAUCAGGAAGGAUUGAAAUGGACCGGAAGAUUAUAUUGACAUGAUGAUUGGUAGAUGGUCGACGAAGUUCCUAUAUGCUAUGAUAUUAAUAUGGAAAUAAAGCACGAUAUGUGGAAUGCGAGACAUGGUGCGUCGACCACCCAUUUAAUGUUCUUUGAGCUAACACUUUGCCAGUGGAUGAGUUCGAUUUGGAUUAUAAAACUCAAGAUGAAUAUACUCAGGGAUGUAUAGAGUGGAUUAAUCUAUCUAAAUUCUAUGCUCGCUGUAUUGCGGAAGGUCUCGAUGAUCAUGAUGAUAGGGCAUGCAAAUUCCCAGGUUAUGAUAUUCCUGAAGCUUUGGAGCAGCAAUUCGAGUACACGCCUGGAAUAGAUACAGAUUUCAGGGUCAUGGUAGCCACGCAGUAUAUUAUUAUUGCUGGAGAGGAGAUUCGGAAGGAUGAUAUCAAAUGGUGGGAUGAGCAUGCACCGAUCUGGGAAAAGAAUUUGGAGCAAUUGGAGAAUAGUUAUGAAAAUGGGUUUCUGGAAGUUGCUCCUCGUUUUGAGACACCACCUGGAGAGAAAGAACUCAUUGGAACGGGAGAUUUGGGUAUGGAUAUUCUAGGAUCUGUGAAGGAUGCGAGAGAAAAAUUGAAAGAGUUGGGAGAGAGAGCUUCCGAGCAAGAGAGCAAGAAAACUACAGACACCCCGGUUGGUAGUGAAAAUCCAGCAGAGAAGAAUGCAGUAGAGAAGAAUGAUGAGUAAAUCUUCUGGGUUGAUCUGGUGUGUUAAACGAAGCGGGGAUAAGAAAAUCUGGAGUUCAAUGCUUUGGCGAAGAUUUGGAGAAACACUAGCGAUGACUAUUCAAGUAAUUUGAGCUAUUUACAGAACCACCUAUAUGAACA